AUGCUGCAUCCAAUCCAGUCCACUGUCAUGAGCCGUGACGGCUCUGUUGUGUUUUGCAUCAUCAAGAACAUGAUUCAGGUAUUUCAAUGGGAUUCGACCAAGAGCGAGUUUCUGGCCAUUGGACAAUGGCACGACGAUCAGGACAAGACGUCAACUAUCCAAAAGACGGUUUUAGAGGAACAGAAACGUCAGAGAGCCGAAAACGAAGCUAAGAGACGUAAACUCGAUAAGGAAGAAGCAGUGCCAGCUGAAACUGAUAAAAGCUCCAGUAAACUCAAAGACGCAAAAGUUCCAAUUCCUGGAACGGGAGCCCCUCCUGUUUAUAACCACAUUCGCAAUUUGGCCUUGUCAAGGAACGAGAAUCUUCUUUUCGCUUGUGCGGACUCUGACAAAGCUCUUGUUAUUUUCGAACUUGACUACAAGAAGGAAAACUGUUUAGUACUCAAGAAACGUCAGCCACUACCGAAAAGACCCAACGCACUAACCAGUACCACUGAUGACAAGCAUGUGCUUGUUGCAGACAAGUUUGGGGAUGUAUAUGCGGUCGAUGCUCACAGUUCAGAAGUUGUGAACGCUACAAACGGCGGUUUAGAGCCAAUUUUGGGCCACGUUUCGCUUCUUACGGCUGUGGCCAUUAUUAGUGACGCAGAUGGAAAGCAGCUGCUUGUCACUGCCGAUAGAGACGAACACAUUAGAAUCACACACUACCCGCAGACCUACAUCGUCGACAAAUGGCUUUUCGGCUCGAAACAGUUCAUUUCCACAUUGUGCGUUCCAGAAUGGGGCACGAACCUCCUUUUCAGUGCUGGUGGUGACACUUUUGUAAGUGCGUGGAAUUGGCAAACCGGCGAGCUAAUUGAUAAACUUGAUAUUGGUGAAUUGGUGGAACCAUAUCUAGGAGAAGCCCAACUAGCACCCAGCAAGUUCCAAGACGAGUCCAAUUCCGUCGUUGAGUACGCCGUGUCAAAACUGGUAACGUUCUCUACACUGACGUUUGUGGCCUUUUUCGUCGAACAGACAAAAGCCUUGUUCAUUUGCAAGGUUGACCCUCUAGUCGGUAACCUAACUCUAGUGCAGACGAUUGAAAUGUCGCUCAAUAUAGUGUCACUGUCUAGUGCACUUUCGGCAGACACUCUUAUGGUGACACUAGAUCACAGUGAAGCAGAAGAUGGACAACUUGUUUCAUAUGUUACCUGGGAUGGUUCUGAGUUUUCUGUGGACGGUAAGAGAAACAUAAGCUUCCACAACUACAUUAUUGAUAACCUCGUGGAUAAUCCAAUUGCGAACACGGAAGCUGACGACAUUUAUCCUUUGUACAACGUCGGAUCUCUGAGGAAACGCGCUGAGAAUUGA